AUGGCAAAGAAAGCAGUGACCUUAACCACCAAAGGCCGCUAUGUUGUGCUCAAUAACGGGAUCGUGCAGCUUACCAUACUCAAGCCUCAGGGAUUCUUGACGGGCAUCAAAUAUGGAGGAAUGGACAAUCUCUUGGAUCUCAAGUCAGAUGAAUCUAGCAGAGGGUACUGGGACCUGAACUGGAGUUGGCCAGGAGGCGGUGAUAUAUACAGACUAAUCAAAGGAUCAGAAUAUAGCGUGAUUCACAUGAAUAAUGACAAUGUCGAAGUUUCAUUCAGGACAACUUACAGUCCAUCAACUUCUGGCACAGCACCACCUUUCAGUUUUGAUACCAGAUACAUAUUGAGAAGUGGCAUUUCGGGAUUUUAUUGCUAUGCAAUAUACGAGCGCCCACCGGGAUGUCGUGCCUGUGAUCUAAUCCAGACAAGGAUGGUUUUCAAGUUGCGGCGUGAAAAGUUUCAUUAUAUGGCAAUCUCAGAUGAGAAGCAGCGGACAAUGCCGAUGCCAGGGGACCUGCUUCCUGGUAAAGGGAAACAGCUUAUUGUGCCGGAAUCGGUUUUAUUAGUAAACCCGAUUAAUCCCGAUCUCAAGGGCGAGGUGGAUGACAAGUACAUGUAUUCGAUGGAUAACAAAGAUGGCGGGGUCCAUGGGUGGAUAGGUUCGGGCCCCAUAGUCGGGUUCUGGAUGAUUUUCCCAAGCCAGGAGUUUCGUAAUGGUGGACCCACCAAGCAGAACCUCACGGUUCACACGGGUCCAGCCUGCCUCGCGAUGUUGCAGGGUACACAUUACAUUGGAGAAGAUAUAAUAGCUCAAUUUGAAGAGGGAGAGACUUGGAAGAAGGUCUUCGGCCCGUUCUUUAUAUACCUUAACUCAACUUCUAGCACCUCAAAUGCGCACAACUUAUGGGAAGAUGCAAAAAAUCAGAAGUCGAUGGAAGAAACAUCAUGGCCAUACAAUUUUGUAUCGUCCCCGUACUAUCUGACUGCCCAAGAACGAGGCUCGGCUUCUGGAAGACUUUUCGUGCAGGACAAGUUUAUCUCGAGCGGCUUGAUUCCUGCUAAAAACGCAUAUGUUGGUUUAUCGGCUGCAAGAACUGAAGGUGCCUGGCAAACAGAAAGCAAAAGCUAUCAAUUCUGGUUACAAACAGAUUCCGAUGGAAAUUUCACCAUCCGGAAUGUUGUGCCGGGAGUAUAUGGGCUCCAUGGCUGGGUACCAGGCUUCAUUGGAGACUACCUCGAGAAAAACCCAGUCACUAUCUCUGCAGGAUCGGAGACAAAGCUUGGAGAUCUGAUCUAUGUGCCUAUUAGGGAUGGUCCCACAGUGUGGGAAAUCGGUUUUCCUGAUCGCACAGCCAUCGAUUUCUAUGUUCCAGAUGUUAACCCGAUGUAUGUGAACAAGUUAUUCAUUAAAGGCCCCGAAAAGUACAGACAGUAUGGCUUGUGGGAUCGUUAUACGGAUAUACAUCCUCAAUCAGAUCAAGUUUUCACUGUUGGUGUCAACGACCCAAAGAAAGAUUGGUUUUUCGUUCAUGUGGACAGGAGAGGACCGGAGAAGUAUCUCCCGACAACAUGGACGGUCGGGUUCACUGUCAACUUGGUGGUGGGAGGAACUUACAAGCUUAGGUUGGCCUUGGCAUCAGCCACUCGUUCAGAUCUUCAAAUUCACGUGAAUCAAAUGGAUUCUGAGCACUUGGUAUUCCAGGUUCUGAACCUGGGAACAGAUAACACGGUCUGUAGGCACGGGAUUCAUGGACUGUACCGGCUUUUCACUGUUGAUAUCCCUUCGUCGCUGAUCCAGAAAGGAGACAACUCCAUAUAUCUUUCCCAAGCAAGAGGGGGUGACGCUCUAUGUGGAAUCCUAUAUGACUACUUGCGGCUUGAGGCUCCCUCGACUUAAAGAGCCCAACAAACAUAUGAACUCGCAGAGGAAAGCAUGCGUUCGAUGAAGACCAUAGUUUGUGUCUACAUCUCAUCUUAGUUGAAAUAACCAUCUCUACACACUUUGAGAAUAAAACUUAUUGUAAGUGAGUUCCAGUUUCUUCCAAUCAACCUACAAAUUGCUCCAA